GCCUUGGGUUCUAUUGCACUGCUGCGUGAAUUAUUCCAUUUUGUAGCAUUUCAUCCCAACCCGCUUGGUUCAUGUACUGAUUUUGCUAUGUACUGUGAUCCCUUUCUAACAACAAAUUUAAUAGUUUUGUUCAUACACUGUUUCCUAAUUAGUGAUGAAGACAUCAACCUAUUUAUCCUUGGGUAGCAACCAAUGCAUCUGCUAUGUAUAUGAUUUCUCUCUACUUCCUCCUCUACCGAAUUGGCUAAUUAUAUGUGUACACCAAAAGUACCAUGAAUAGUUCAUUCCAAAAAAGGUACAGUUAACAAUCUACACAGUUUGCAUUUUCCCUGUGCUUUGUAAACUGUUAACACAACCAUGUGGUUAUACAUAUCUGAUGAUCACUAUAUAAUUGAUCUGUACAAACAUGUACAUAUACAAUACCGGUUCAAAGCGGCGUUCUUCACGCUAUCCACGUCAGCGGAAAUUUUUUUAGCUACUCGAUUGUGGAUCAACGGCUCACAUAUCUCUGAAGACCACUCCCUCGUUACCUUCGCUGCUUCUGGAAAUACAAUACCGGUUCAAAGCGGCGUUCUUCACGCUAUCCACGUCAGCGGAAAUUUUUUUAGCUACUCGAUUGUGGAUCAACGGCUCACAUAUCUCUGAAGACCACUCCCUCGUUACCUUCGCUGCUUCUGGAAAUUUCCUCUCCUCAGUCCUCACACAGUCAAACUUCCAUCUUGUCCCUCAUCCUUGCUCCCUCCGCCGCGUCUUCCGUUUCCAGCCUCCGCCGCGUCUUCCGUCUCGAGCCUCCGCCGCGUCUUCCGUCUCCAGCACUCCAGCAGGUCAUAUUCGUCCUCUGCUGAAGACAAAAUUCGUGAGGAAAAAUAGGUGCGAAUUUAUGGGAACUACUUUGACAUGGACCCCGUAAAUCCAAACAGCCACAGAAAGCGGAAUUAUAACAAUGCAUGCUACGCCCCAUCAACUUUAUCUCAUGCAGAAGCAAGGCGUAUACGUAAGCGAGUGCUAGAUCAGCGAAAACUAGCAUUAGCAGGAUCCAGCAUGCCCUCUCAGCAUACUCCCACAUUGCAAUGCGGACACUUCGAUCCAGAUUUUGUAAAAACGAUCAAAGCUUUGAUACCAUGAUCGAUCGUAUUAUGGAAGACCAUCAUACCAAUGUAUUCAUUGCUCCGCACUUUUUUGGCACGGCGAGAGAAUAAGGUCAUCUGUGGGAACACGAUCCGUCAUCUACAAUAGUUGUUGUAAAGGUGGUAAAGUCCGCAUACCUGCUUAUAGACCCAGGCCUGAACCAUUAUUAUCAUUAGCAAGGUUUGAUGGCGAUGUGGUUUCAAAGACCUUCAUGCAAAAUAUAAGGCAGUACAAUUGCUUGUUUGCAUUUACAUCUAUGGGCGCUCAUAUUGAUAGAUCAUUGAAUGAUGGUCGCGGCCCACCAGUCUUCAAGGUAUGUGGUCAGAUCCAUCAUCGAAUAGGCUCACUACUACCAAUGACCGACCAGCCCCCCAAAUUCCUUCAACUUUAUGUAUAUGAUACAUCACAUGAGGUAAACAAUCGAAUACGGUCUUUAUCAAGUGACGAUGCUCCUGAUUCUCCUAUACAGCCACAGAUUGUUAAUGAACUAUUACAAAUGUUGGACACCCAUAAUCCUUUUGCUAAAAAAUUCAGAAUUGCUAAGAAAAGGCUUACUGAACACGCAAAUGAGGAAUUUAUCAUCAGAAUAAUUGGAGCCAAAGAAGGAGAUCCCGUGCAAUAUGACAUGCCAACAACUGAUGAUUUAGCCAUGCUUGUUAUCGGUGAUUUCUCCCUCGAAACCUUUAAACGGGACAUUAUCAUAGAAACCAGAAAUUCUGAAUUGAAACGUAUUUCAUCGUUACAUCCGGCUUAUAUGGCCCUUCAAUAUCCACUCCUAUUUCCUUAUGGAGAGCGAGGUUUCCAAGUUGGUGUCAUGUAUAGCGGGAUACAAAAUAAACAGCCAAAUUCAAGAAUCCAUAUGACAAUGCAAGACUACUAUUGCUAUCAAUUUCAUUAUAAGCCUGGGCAACCCAAUCCAUUUCUCUCUUAUGGGAUAUUAUCAAAUCAAGCUAAGGUCGAUGCUCGUGCCUGCAUUGAUGAAAAUAGGCUUACUUACAUUCUGAAUAAUCAGGACAAAUUAAGAAUAGAAAAUUUACAAGGUAUAUCAGAUGCUGUUAGUAGAGGUUGCAUAAACGGGGAAGAGAUGGGGAAAACAAUUGUGCUUCCAGCAUCGCAUAUCGGUGGAAGACGAUACAUGAUACAAAACUAUCACGACAGCAUAGCUAUCUGCAGAGUUCAUGGCCCACCUGACUUCUUCGUAACUUUCACAUGUAAUGCAAAGUGGCCUGAAAUUAUUGAGAGUCUUUACCACUGUGGACAAAAAAAUUCUGACGCACCUGAUAUUGCGAUAAGAAUAUUCCAUAUGAAAUUACAAGAACUGCUACAUGAUAUAAAAUCUGGAAACAUAUUUGGACCAUGCAAAGCAGGUGCGAAUAUUUUGUUUCCAAUUUUAUACAAACAUAAACUUCGCUUUAAUUGUUUAUUUAGAAUUAUUCGUAAACAAACUUUCUUGUACUAAUUCGUUUUUC